UUUUAUAACCUAUCUAAAUCAUGCGGAUCCGUGAGACAGGAAAAAGAAAGGAUGCCACUAGAGAGUACAAUAUUCCUGGAGAACUUUUACCGGGGAAGCAAAUUAUACUGAGAGGGCGUGUUCCAUGGGGAGCGACAUCGUUUUCAAUUAAUAUUUCUUCAAUUCCAACGAUGGAUAACGGCGACGUUAUCUUCCAUUUUAAUGUACGCCUCUCUGAAAGAGUUUGUGUGCGAAAUGCUUUGAUUAAUGGAUCAUGGGGCGCAGAAGAAAGGGAUCAACCAUUUUUCCCCUUCAAUGAUGGGAAUUCUUUCACUAUAAGGAUAGAAGUCACUAAUGAUGUAUUUAGAACUUAUGUAAAUGGGAGACACUUUGUGGACUUUUCUCAUCGUACAGACUACAGAAAAGGCCACUAUCUUAUUCUAAGAGAGGGAGCAGAGUAUUACGACGUCAUUUUCCAAGACAAACCAAUCAUUCCGUUCAAUGCAACUAUUCACAAAGGAAUGAAAAUUGGAAAGACUUUGAGAAUCCGAGGCAUGUGCACAGAUCAAGAUGGAUUUUCGAUUAAUUUUAUGGAUGGAGGCAAUAGUAUCUACUUUCACUUUAAUGCCCGUCCUAAGGAGGGAUAUGUGGUAAGGAACUCUCGUUUCGGAAGCAACUGGGGGAGAGAGGAAAAAGAUUGUCCAGCAGGAUUUCCAUUCUACCCAUUAGAGUACUUUGAUGCCUCAUUUGUCUGCAUGGAAGACAAAUUUGCAGUGUAUGUGAACGAUGGUCACUACAUAGAUUUUACUCAUCGAGGUAAUCCAACCAAUAUCACCGUUCUCAGUAUAACUGGCAGUGUAAAUAUCCUUGACGUGGACUGCAUGGAGCCGGUGGGAGAAGACUCGAUGACUGAGGUGGAAUCUGGCUUAGAGAAAGGAGACGUCUAUGUUCUAAAUGGCAUGAUGAAAAAUGAUGGAAACACAUUUGCAAUCAACUUCCUGAAUGGGUUUUCUAUGGACGAUGACAUUGUCUUGCAUUUUAAUCCGCGGAGAAACACAGGAGAAGUGGUUCUGAACAGUCGUUUUGGAGGGGCGUGGCAGAUUGAGGAGAAGACUCCCUUACCCUUGGUCUUCUGGUCUAACAGACCAUUUCAAAUCAAAAUAGAGACAAAGAAACACAAAUUUACAAUCUCCUUAAAUGGAGUACAACUUGCCAAGUAUAGGAUGCGUGAUAGUGUUGAGAAAAUCCGGGCUAUUCAGAUUUCUGGCGACGUCUUCAUAUUGGAGACACUUCUGAUGAAGAGAUUGGAGGAGCCAAUUUGGGAGCGGCUGCCCGGUGGAAUACGACCAGGGAGUUGGAUUAUUCUACAGGGCACACCAAAAAAGUACUGGACUGGAUUUGGUAUAAAUUUUCGUUAUGAUGCGCGUGAGGAUGGAGACAUUGCUUUUCUCUUUAAUCCCCGGAAGAACGACGGACAGGUAGUUAGAAAUCAUCGACAGUAUAACCAGUGGGGACCGGAAGAGAGGAGUACCCCAAACUUUCCCUUCGAUGCAGGAAACACGUUUGAAAUUGUUUUCUUUGUCAGAGAAGACAAGUUUUUGACAUACGUAAACGGUAAAUCCUUUAUUGAAUUUAAUCAUCGUCUGCCUUUGGAAAGAAUCAACUUUCUCUCAAUGAAAGGAGACUGCAACUUCUACGAACCAGAGUUGCUGGUUUAGAACAUUUAAGGAUGGGGUCAGACACGGAUACAAGUUAUUACAUGGCAUAACUAUUCUAAGUUUUGAAAGCUUUAAUCUGAGUACUUAUUGUAACAAAGAGUUGAUGCUUUUUUAUAUCAUUGUGCUCCCUUUCCCAUGCUUUAUUUGCUUCUAAACGAUUUUUGGAAAAGAUAUGCAUUCUUACAUAUAUUCAUACAUAAUUUUGUAUUUUUGUAAUUUUGUAAUAAUUUUGUAAUGUAAGUUAUUUUGAUGGGGUAUACAAGGUUACAUGUAUAUCUCCUACUGAAAUUUUAAUUAUGCAAUACAACCUUUGUUUAAAAUCACUGAUGAAAAAUAAGAAUCAAUUAUGUUAUGAAACUCUUACAUAUAACAAUUUAAAUUUGUUUUAAAUGUGUUUUUAUAUACAAAUUGUAAAUUUUAUUGAAUUUUCUUUUGUUGAUAUUGGAUUAAACAGCAUUCAAACGUAGGUUGAUUUUCUUUGUGCCUGCUCCGUAUGUAUAAAAACAUAAAAACUGCUGUAUACUAGUGUUUAAAUAAAUACUUUGAGGUAAUUUUA